CAACACUAGGUUGUAUAUGGAAAAGGCCCAAAGCUGUGGUCUUUUUGACAUUAGGUGUAUACAAAAGAAGCUGUGGUCUAUGGGGGGGGGGUUGCGGUUCUAGGGUUUGUUCGUUGUUUCAUCUACGUUUUUGGGGAUUUCUAGAUCCGAAGUCUUUAGCGAUGGCGGAUAUGGUGAUUCCAUUCUACACCUGCUUGUAUGAGGUUGUGAACGAUCAUUCAUUGGAUUCAAUAAUCUCGUGGGGCAAAAGCAACCACAGUUUCAUCAUUUGGAAUCCGAGAGAGUUAGACAGCAAGCUUAUUUCGAUUUCGAGGCCCUCACGACGUCUUCCUUGCUCCAGUCUCAAAAAGUUCUUCCACGACGUCAAGUUUUAUGGAUUUAAAAGAGUUAAGGGGUCUCCGCGCCUGGAAUUCGGAAAUGCCUAUUUUGUGAGAGGUAAACCUGAGCUCUUGCAGAAGAUGCAGCAGAAGUCUUUUGACAAGAAUCUCCGUAAAUAUCAAGCAGCUAUUACAGCAGAGAAUCAAGCAAUUAAGGAUGCAAAGGAUGCAGAGGCUCGCUUGCAACAUUUGCGUAUUUGAUCUUUUUUUUCUUCUCUUCACAAGUUUGUUAUUGUUGUUCUUCUUGUUGCUUUCUUUCUAUGUAUCAACGCUUUCUUCUUUUAGUUGCUUUCUUUGGUGGCUUUUGUUUAAGUUUCGGGUUUCUGAUACGAUGUAUG